ACAGAGAGAGAGGAGGAGGAAAAGAGAGUGAAUCCACAGGACGUGAGUGCAGGCAGCAGAGGAGGAGGAGGGGGGGGAGCUUCCAGACUGGAUGACUGGAUGGGCCCAGCAAUGCCUUGAUGGAGCAUGGGCCAGGUUUUAGGAUUCUCCCACUGCCAGGAAUAUGGCUCCGUGGCAUCCACUCCAGACUCAACUCCUCCCUGCACUGAUGGUGGAAAUGAGGAGUCAGAGAUGUAUGAGCUCCAAACAGCCAGGGAGUGGUCCGAUGAUGACGAUGGAGGCGAUGGAGAUCCAGAUGAUGACGAGGGGUUGGCUUCAUCCCCGUCCAUUUGGGGCACACCACGUCAGAACUCCUUCGAGCUGACUUUCUCUUACAUCGCCAUUGCCGAGGCUGAGGCAGUGGGCACCUCUAGACUCCUCCGCGAUCGACGCAGGGGCGGCUCUCGGGGAAGUCGCACUCCUCUGAUCCGCACAGACACCCUGGAAACACUGUUGGACUCCCCUGAUGUAGACUGGGAUCCUCAACCCUUUCUCAGUCAAGAGGAAGAAGAGGAAACGUCAGAGAGGAGAGAGCAAGAGAGCGUUGAGAUGAGGACAGCAAGUGCUGCAGAAAGAAGGGAGCAACAUAGACAAACUGAAACUAUUACAGUUCAGCCCUCUCCCCAAAACCUGGACCCAGAACCUCAAGGGAGCGAUGAAGGAGUUCAAAGAGAGGAGAGUGUUACUGAGAGUAUGGAACCUACCCCUUCCACCCUGUCAUCCCUGCAACAGAGUCCCUCACAGAUACUUCAGACAGCAGAAGCCUCAGCAACCCCUGAGCCCGUAUCUCCCAUCACUAGGGAAACCAUUUCAGUCAAGCUGCUCACAUCUGUACGACCGGGGGACCUGGUGUCCUUGUCGCCGGCUGCCAUUGGCCUAAACACUCAGGAACAACUGGUCAGAGAUCACUGGUUUUCAGCAUUUAGCCUAACAGAGGACUGGACAGUAUGCACACACGUAGCAGUGAUGGACUUGAUCUACUGGAAGGACACAGAGUGGAGUGGCAUGGUGCUCACAGGGUUAGUGGUGGGCUUAUUGUCCCUGUUCCAGCUCAGCAUCAUCACUGUGGUCUCCACAGUCUCCCUGGCUGUCAUGUGCUUCACCAUCUCAGUGCGCAUCUACUACCAACUCCUCUACAUCCUCAGCUGGGGCGAUGGAGAACAUCCAUUCAAGUCAUACUUGGACUUGGACAUCAGCUUAAGUGGAGAGCAGGCUGACCUCUAUAUGCAGAAACUCAUUGUGAUGACUCUGUCAGCUGUUGACACUCUGAAGAGACUCUUUUUUGUUGGAAACGUUUUUGAAUCCCUCAAGUUCCUGUUUCUGAUGUACCUUGUGACGUACCUGGGAGACCUGUGCAAUGGCCUUACUUUGCUCAUCAUCAGUGUGAUCGCUCUCUUUUCUCUGCCCCUUUUAUACAGACGACGCCAGGAGCGGGUGGAUGACUUUAUUGCAAAAAUCCAGGCCCACAUUGACAACGUCAAGGACAUUCUGCAAAGACUUACCCAGGGUGGUGGCCCUCCUCCUGAUCCAACUCCUGGUGGUGCCAAACCCAAAACCCAGUAAUCACUUGUGGACAGUGAUUUAAAGAGAAGCUACAAGAGUUACAGACUGUCACUCAGAUGUCUUACACAGCAGUCUGUGCUCAGAGCUCCACAGAACAGAGCUCCAGAGACUGGAGACGUGAAGGAAAGGGAGGCUAUUUAAAUGUAUGAUGAUGAUGAGGACUACGCAUGGUACUUUUACACUAACUGUAUUUAGGUUAUAGGGAUAGGAGGAUGGGGUUGAGAUAAUUCUUCUUCAUAGUGAAACCAAGGUGUAUGAAUCCUGGAUGGGACUCUUGCUGCUGGUGUCAGACAAGAGAUUCUGCAGUGCAACUCAUUGUACGUGACCAUCUUUGGAAAUAUUGUUUUUGACAUCUAAAAAAUAAUUCAAGAAGUGUCUUAAAUCGAGCUGUAGUCCAAAUUGAGGCACAAAGACCAUAAUUGAGAAGUUCCCACACUGACAGCUUCACACCUGAGUAAAGGGAAAUGAGUUGUUAAGGGCAUUUAUGUGAGAGGACUAAAACGGGGAUCAGUGUAGAUCACGGCAGCAUAAAACUGGCAAUUAAGGAUGCCCGUGAAUUCACAUGUACAUUUCUCAAUGCAUAUUCAUUCACAUGACUGUUUGUCUGUGUGUAUGCAGGCGUGUAUGAUCGUUUUUGUGUAUGUGUGUGUAUGUACGGGACUAAUUCCUGACGUAGAGCUUGCUGAAACAAAAAUGUUACUCAGCAAUUAAAGUCACAUUUCUUAAUUUUC